GAAACAAAAACAAUCGCCCGGGCGCCGCCAUCUUGGGUCCGUUCUCCACGCCACACAAGUGAAUGGGUAGAUAUGAAAUUACCACAGGGGAGCAGCGGCAGCAGCAGGGUACGGAGGGUCGUUCCGAGCUGCCGGUUGGACUUGGGAUACAUUAGAGACGGCUCCAAGCACCACCACCACUACCGCCUCUGGGCAGAAAGCGGGUUCGGCCUUUUCUCUUCGGCAACCUUUAAACUGCACUCGUGGAGGGACAAAGUUGGCGUCCGCCGCUCUGCCUCCGCCGCCGGGGAGACGGGAGAGCUGGGCGUGAGGCGGGCUGAGCGCUAAGGGCUGCAAGCCGGGCAGCGCCGCGAGGGGAGCGGCGGAGGAGGAGGAGGAGGAGAAGGAAGAGGAGGAAGGCUCCUGCUUCUCAGCCCCUAGAGCUGCCGCGGGAAGCCGGCCUCGCGAUUGUUUUUUCCUCUUAAUAUUAUUUUUUUUUUUACUUUCAAUUGAGCCUCGAGGGAGCGGGGCGGGGUGGCACGGAACCGUGGUAGAAGGGAAUCGUAAAACGGCGUUGUCAGAACGGAGCGCUCAGCCCGCCGCCGCACGGACUGACGGAGCGCUGCCAUGGAGCCGCCGAGCCGCGCGGAGCACAGCGCUGCUUAACGGGAGGCGGGAGCUGCGCGGAGCUGCGCUCACACGUUGCUUCGUGCCCGCCGGAUCCUCCGUUGACUUCGUCUGCCUUCGUUUCCCUUUGGAUUCGUAGCGUACUUUCAUGAAUUCAAUCCCGUGAGUUUGUACGGAAGCCGAAUGACGCGUGUGUUUUGAAACGCUGCUCGGAUUCUCGCUCGGUCGGUCUCCAGGCGAGCCCGAUUUUACUGUUUGGUGAACACUGUCUCCGGAGAAGUUGCUAUAGAUUGCUUUAUAACGGUUCUGCAAGAAGGGGGGAGGGGGGGGGGAUUUUCCCGCUUGCAGGACCAAGAAACUGGAUACUAAAAGUCACUUAAAUGUUCUAACAGCGUUGGAAAAUGGGAGCUGCUACGAAGUUAGCGUUCGCUGUUUUUCUCAUCUCGUGUUCUUCAGGUGCCAUCCUUGGCAGAUCAGAAACACAGGAGUGCAUCUACUACAACGCUAAUUGGGAGAAAGAUAAAACAAAUCGCAGCGGCAUUGAACCCUGUUAUGGAGAUAAAGAUAAAAGACGGCACUGUUUUGCUACAUGGAAGAAUAUUUCUGGAUCAAUUGAAAUCGUGAAACAAGGUUGCUGGCUGGAUGACAUCAACUGUUAUGACAGGAAUGAUUGCAUAGAGAAAAAAGACAGCCCUGAAGUGUUCUUCUGUUGUUGUGAAGGCAACAUGUGCAAUGAACGCUUCUUCUAUUUUCCAGAGAUGGAGGUCACACAGCCAACUUCCAAUCCGGUCACACCGAAGCCACCUCUAUUCAACACCUUGCUUUAUUCAUUGGUGCCUAUAAUGGGAAUUGCAGUGAUUGUGCUCUUUUCAUUUUGGAUGUACAGACAUCACAAGCUAGCAUAUCCUCCAGUACUUGUUCCAACCCAGCACGCCUUUCAUAUAAUGAUUGAGGAUCCUGGACCACCACCGCCUUCACCAUUGAUGGGUUUGAAGCCACUGCAGUUGCUAGAGAUCAAAGCCAGGGGACGAUUUGGGUGUGUGUGGAAAGCUCAGCUGCUGAAUGAAUAUGUUGCAGUCAAAAUAUUCCCUAUCCAGGACAAACAGUCGUGGCAGAACGAAUAUGAAAUUUACAGCCUACCUGGAAUGAAGCACGACAAUAUCUUACAGUUCAUCGGUGCAGAGAAACGAGGCACCAGCAUUGAUGUGGAUCUCUGGUUAAUUACAGCAUUUCACGAAAAGGGUUCAUUAACUGACUUCCUCAAGGCUAACGUGGUAUCCUGGAACGAGCUGUGUCACAUUGCUCAGACCAUGGCUCGAGGCUUGGCUUAUCUCCAUGAGGAUAUUCCAGGGCUAAAGGAUGGACAUAAACCCGCCAUCUCACACAGGGACAUCAAGAGCAAGAAUGUGCUGCUGAAAAACAACCUUACAGCCUGCAUUGCUGAUUUUGGCCUAGCUUUAAAGUUUGAGGCUGGAAAAUCUGCAGGAGACACACAUGGACAGGUUGGCACACGAAGGUAUAUGGCUCCUGAGGUCCUAGAAGGUGCUAUAAACUUCCAAAGGGAUGCGUUUUUGAGAAUAGACAUGUAUGCCAUGGGCCUGGUCCUCUGGGAGCUGGCAUCACGCUGCACUGCCUCAGAUGGCCCUGUAGAUGAAUACAUGUUGCCAUUUGAAGAAGAAAUUGGCCAGCAUCCUUCCCUUGAAGACAUGCAGGAAGUUGUGGUUCAUAAAAAGAAGAGACCUGUUCUAAGAGAGUGUUGGCAAAAGCAUUCUGGAAUGGCGAUGCUCUGUGAGACCAUCGAGGAGUGCUGGGAUCACGACGCAGAAGCCAGGCUGUCGGCGGGGUGCGUAGAAGAACGCAUUAUUCAGAUGCAAAAACUAACUAACAUUAUAACGACAGAGGACAUUGUGACUGUGGUCACAAUGGUGACAAAUGUUGACUUUCCUCCCAAAGAAUCCAGUCUAUGAUAGUUGCACUGGUCACGUCACUGACCAACGGGACUCUCGACUGGAGCUGCUAAAGCUAACGGGACUGCUGUCGUCGUUGUGUUCUGUGUGAAGCGACCGCGGGGUCUCUGGGAGCAUCUUCAGGAGGUGCUUCCCUUUCUGCUCCCCCUCCUCCUCCCACACACGAAUCCAUGAGACUUUCUGCAUUCCCUGCUGACGCCGGAAGGACGCGUGAUGAGGUGGCAGUGUGCUGCUCAGGGCCUGGGACGAAGAGCGGACCUGGAUGGGCUAACGGAGCGUUUUAAAAACUGACAUCAGAUUUCUUAAUACCUGUCAGAAGAGACUAAUUCCUUAAAUGAACUACUGUUAUUUUUUUUAAAUCAAACAUUUCAUUUCAGAUUUAAAAAGAAAAAAAAAAAAAAAAGAAAAAAAAGGGUAACUUGUUUUUAUUGCAUUUGCUGUUGUUUAUAAAGAUGACUAUUGUAAUGCCAAUAUGACACAGCUUGUGAAUGUUUAGUGUGCUGCUGUUCGGUGUACAUAAACAAAAGUAAUCAAGUGGGAUAUAGCAAAGAGGCUUCCAAGUAUUACUUAACCUCCCUCAACAAGGUAUACCUCAGUUCCACCUCUGCUAAAUUAUGAGAUUGACAACACUAACAAAAUUGGAAUAAUAAAUUGAUCCGUGUUUUGUAAAUGAUGUAUUUCAAAUUCACUGUGUUAUUUAAAAAGGGUAAGCUAUGCUUCAUGCCAACAGUAAAUGGCCAUUCCUAAAGCAGUGUUUUUAGCCUUUUUCUUGUACUAGCUUGUUGUGUAUAAAAAAAAAAAGUGCUGUUUAUUGAAACGACCUUUUCCUCCCUGUUUUAGUUUGAAGCUUUUUCUCUUACCUCUGUUUCCCAGAGUAUCUCAUACAUUUAUUUAAUGGAAUACUAUUUAGGUUUGCUGUGUCUGAGGAAUAGUUGAAAGCUUAAGCAUGACUUUUUUAAUUUUCUGUGAGCUGUGACACUGGAAAGCUCUGAGAUCUUAGACUUUUUUUAUUUUAUUUUAAAGAGAAGUUCUUUUUCCUAUUUAUGUUUGUGACGAGGUCUGCCUAGCGUGUUCUCUGUCUCACUAAACAGGAUGCAGUGGCUUCUGUGUCUCUGUUUCAGGAUCACCUCAGGAAGCUCAGUUACCCCAAAUUCCUUCCUCUCUGCUUUGAGAUUUGCAUCUUCGCUCUACUUCAAGUUGGUGCCAUCUUAUCAGCGUACUGCUUGCUGUCUGUGAUCCACGGGCUUCUCCAACCCCAACUGAAACCACCGCCACACUUUUCAGAUGCUAAACACUUACAGAUGUCAGGGAUAAUUUAGUCACAGUGUAACUUAAAUAUGCAAUGACAAAUCAGAGGUAACGAAUGCCGCUGUCCGUGCCGCAGACUGGCAGAAACGUAGGGAAGAACAGUGAAAUUGCUUUUCACAACUCCAAUGUUAUUUUUGAGUUUCAGAAGUCAUGCCUUACGUGUAAAUUAUAAAUGGACUGGUAGAUAGGUGCCAAAGUGCUUCUCAGAAGUACUGCUCCACCAGGUUUAUUGGGUCCUUUACACAGAGUACAAUAAAUGUGUUACACCUCUGGAUUACAGAACUGAUGUCAGCCAGUGCUGUGCUGUGUGUUUUUAUCACCGCAUGUUUGUUAUCACACCGAGCAUUGGAGGGCUUUGGAAAUUAGCCUGUAAUGUUACAGUUAGGGGCUCACUGUGAACGUUACCUUGGAAGAUUGGUCUGUACAGCCCCAAGGUGCUGUUCUACAGGGACUUCAUCUCUGGCAAAAAUAAUGGAGGUUACAGCAAACAGGACGUAGGUCAGUGUGCUCUCAGCAGGGAGGGAAGGCAGGGCUGCAGUGCUGCUCUGUGCUGCACUCCCUGUGCUGUGUCACACUGCUGCUCGGCCUUCUGCUGAGGUUCCACGUGGCUCAGAAGGGUUGAUGCUACAGCAGGGUGCAGCUCCGUGGUGUUCAGCUGGGUCAUAAGAAGAGAAAAGAAGCUGCUUGUGGCCACUUGAAUUGACGUUUUCAUUUUGCUUCCAUUUUUACUCCAUGGAUGCCAUCUUCUGCACUCAGCAGGGCAUAAACAGAGCUGCUGAGUUCUGAACAAAUAAGGAUCCAUUUGUAUUUUGCUAAAAACCUUUGUGCUCCCAUUGAGUUUCAACCCGUUUCCCAGCAGAAGUAGAAUAAAUACAGGCCAAAUUCUCAAGCAAAGAGUGGUCCUGUCCAAAACACACAGCACUUUUGUGUUGUCCUCUAGGCUUCAGCCACUGCAGGGUCUGGCAACGGAGAGCUGCACCCCUGCACAUGCUGAGCUUUGCCCCAGGAAACCAAGAUUGCUUUUCUUCGUGUUUUAAAACUGCAUUGGGGUAUAUCUGAGCUUUAUAUAUAUAUAUAUAUCUGAGCUACUCUGAAUUUCCUGAUUUGCAACAGCGUAUUUCAGUGCAGCUGUGAAAAAAGAUAUUCACAGUACAAAUGCUUUCCAAUUGGGUCGGGUACAGCUGCUCUCGCAGGGCAACUCCGGUUAACUUCUGGUUCACUGCUGGAGCAUUAAACGUGCAAGCUGAGAAAUGUCAGAGCCAGCAUUUUUGGAGCAUAAAUGCAAGCAGGAUGCAGCGAGGUCGAUGCAGUGGAAGCAUUUCAGCAUUACCCACGUGCAGUCAGUGCCUGCUGUCCCUGUGUUCUUUAGGAACAAACGCGUGGCUGAGCGCUGCAAAGCUCCCCGGUACCUCAGCUCCUGAGGAGAAGUCAGUCCAAAGACCAACAUUGGUGCAUUCACUACAACACAACCAGCCAGGAAGACGGCCAGGAAGCUCCUGGUCCUGUUAGCACUGGCCAGAAAGAACAGGGCCCUCACUCUGCUCUUUUUCCAGCUUCUCGUUUGUAGCCUUUUUUAAUACGACGCCGUUUAUUAGGAACACUUGGUACAAAAUGCAGAAAGCUGUGAUGUGGGUUCAUGGGCAAAACGAUUCAAGUAGCAUCCGUGAUGGAACAUCUUUUACCUCAGAUACUCAACCAGCAGUACUUUUUUUUUUUUUAAUUAUUAUUUUAAGUGCAGUUUCAGUCCAUACACUAUUCGUUACCUCUCAAGACUUUGGUAAGCAAUUAUUUUAACUUUACUCUUUGUAUUUGUCAGUGUUUUGGGCACAGGUUGUUGUACUACUGUCAGAUGUGCUUGCUGUUUUUCUGCAAGUACGAAAAACAAACCCUCCCCUCCCGAUAAAGUGAUUGUUAAAUAUUGUACAAAUACAAAUGUAUGCUCUUUUUCCCCUAUUCCCCCAAAAGUUAAAAUAAAAAAUGUGACUACUACGA